GCUGGCUACGGGCUCGAAUCCCGCCACCCCUUUCGACCGUUGCAACUCAACUCGAUUUUCCCCAGAAUGUCUGACGCCACUGGCCGCCCAGAGCCGGGCUCUCACCUCGGUUCCCUCCGCCUGAAUGUUACCGUUUUUGGGCUUUGGAUCAGCCUCUUUCUCUCAGCCUUAGAGACAAGUAUCGUAUCAACAGCUUUGCUGAGUAUUUCCAGCAGCCUCCAUUCUUUGAAAGAUGCAGGGUGGAUAGUAGUAGCUUAUCUCUUGACCUAUAAUUCAUUUAUUCUCGUAUGGUCGAAACUCAGUGAUACCUUUGGCACUAAAGUGUUACUCAUUUUAGCCAAUGUCAUGUUUGGCGUCUUCUCGGUCGCAUGCGCUGUAUCGCAAACGAUGGAGCAAUUGAUCAUCUUUCGCGCGCUGCAAGGAAUCGGAGGCUCUGGUCUCUACUCGUUGGUGUUUGUGGUUCUUGCGAAGAUUGUGCCGAUGAAUCAACUUGGACUAUACAGCGGUGUUUUAAGUUCUGUUUUCGCUUUGGCGAGCUUGUUGGGCCCAAUACUUGGUGGAGUCAUCGUUGUUAAUACGACUUGGCGAUGGAUAUUUUGGCUGAAUGCACCGGGUGUCAGCGUCGCAAUAGCCCUCCUCUUGUAUGCCAUGCCACCCUCCCAGGAACGAAUAUGGGACACUGAGCGCCUGAAACGAGUGGAUUAUAUCGGCUCUGUAAUAUGCAUAGCCUGGGCAAUCCCAUUCGUCUUUGCCUUACAACAAGGAGGUUCAAAAUAUCCAUGGAGCAGUGGCACGAUUAUCGGGACACUGGCAGUCGGAUCAUGUGGUAUCGUUCUUUUCGCUCUUCACCAAUGGUGGGAAUCACGACGGGAUAAGAAAGAGACAAUAUUCCCGGUAAACGCUUUCAGGAGUUUAGUAGUGACGAUGAUGAUCCUAUCCAUGUUUGCGCUCGGAUUUUCCUUCUAUGGCUCUAUCAUUACUAUCCCACAGCGUUUCCAAGCUGUCAACGGCGUGUCGGCCUCUCGCGCAGGAGUCUUGCUUCUACCUUUCACUCUAGUCUCGCCCACUUUCGCGCUCCUUGCUGGUGCGGCAGUCGGUAAAAAGGGAUCCACAUCCGGAUAUCUUACAUUCAUUGGUGGCAUCUUCACUGUCAUCGCGAUGGCGCUUCUCGGCAGCCUUCCCACUGGGACCAAAAUCUCCAAUGCGCAAUUUGGAUACCAGGCACUUCUUGGUGUUGGGGUCGGGCUAUUUAUGCCGCCUCUAAUGUAUCUCUUGAAGGUUGAGGUGGAAGAUAAAGAUGUUGCAUCUAUAAUGGGUGCUAUGAAUAUGGCCCGCACUUUGGGUGGCUGCAUUGGUCUUGCGAUCUGCGCAUCCGUCCAGAACGCGGACCUCUCCGACUCCUUGCCUAGAUUCUUAUCAGAGACGCAGAUAGCGGCUUUGCACCAAUCUGUAGCUAUAUUGAAAGGGCUUCCUGCGGACUUGAGAUUGCAGGUUGUGGGCGCGUAUGCAGAGACUUAUAACCAUCAGUUUCAGGCACUGAGUGGGUUUGCGGGUUUGGGAGUGGUAACGUCUGGUUUGGUGCUCGCAGGGUUAAUUCGGAGGGGUUUGAGGAAGGGUGAUGAGAGUGAGGAGGACGGAGAAGAGGCCGAGGGAGAGAAUGAGCGGAAUGGAGAAGGGGAGGAUACACUUGGGGAGUCAAAAGAUGAUGCGGAUGGAAAGGAAGUAAGUAAUGGGUCCAGAAAUGACCACGAGGGAGAAAAAUGCGGUAGAAUGGAUGGGAGUGAGUUGCAGAUGGCUGAGCCUAGAGGCAGUGGAAUAGCGUGAGAUAGUAGGUAGAAUCAUUGCUGUGAAUCUGGGAUCAUAG